AUGACAGACAACGCUCAGAAACUGUUCUCGCGGUUAGAGUCUUUCAGAAAUAGUUUGUUAGUGUUCAGUAAAAGGAAGUCGGUUAGAUAUGGAUUGCCUUUUAUAUUAUUUGUAAUUGGCGGAUCAUUUGGUCUUCGAGAAUGGACACAAAUUAGGUACCAGUUUUCAAGGGUAAAGGGUGUUAGUAAGGAAGAAGCUGAAAAAAUGGGACUUCAUAAAACUAAAACAGUGACGCUAGAAAAAGCAUAUGAAGAAAUACAAAAAUUAGAUAUAGAUAAUUGGGAAAAUAAAAGAGGUCCAAGACCAUGGGAGAUGGAUGAUUCUGAGAAAAAA